UAUUCAAUAAAUAAAACGAGGCCACCUUCAAUUGAGAAUCGUCAACAAUGGAGCGCUCCGUGGCAGAAUAUCUGGCAUAUUUGAAAGAAAAUGCCUCUCAAAUCAAAGAGGAAGCGAGAAAACUAGGUUUGACAGAGGAAGAUAUCUUUCAAUGUAUUGAACAUGCAUUUUCUGGUGAGAAUGACCAACAAGAUCUGGCGAAUUCUCCAAACAAUAUUGUCAGAAAGGUCGUUCGUCACUUCCGGAUUUUCUUCAAGAAAGUGUUCGUCUGCACUCUGGUCGUCGCGGCAUUGAUCUUCGGUUCCAUUCUGAUCGCUGGAUACCACGAGCCCACUGGUCAGCUAGUUUCAAAGAGCUUCCAGACGUAUGCGUAUGAUAUCAUGCGAGCAGUGAGGUUGGCAACUGUUGGGAUUCAUGACUGGGCAAACUUAACUGAGUUCUACAAUGCCGAAUGUUUGGUGGAAAAUCCAUAUUUUGAGGAGCUAAACUACUUUCAUUGUAACAUCUGUGGCAAUUUCAAGAAUCUUAAAGUCAUGAAUGCAUCUGAAAUGAAUGAAACCAGGUUUAUCACCUACUCAACAACACUGAAACCUGUUCAUCUGAAGGGAGCUCUAGACAAUGAAGUUUCUUAUAAGCAUUUGAGAGACAUGUAUCUGGCUAAUAAAGAUUCACUGCUUGAAAGCAUUCACAAUGUGUACUCAGAGGAUGAAAAUAUCAAAACUCUGCAAGAUGUAUUUGAACGAGACAUUGGAGCACUUAUUAACACAACUAGUCUCCAGAUUCAUUGGAUAACCCGCUCAGUUAUUGCAAGUGUCGUUCUGAGAAACGUGUUCCCUCGACCCAAGUUCAUACCAUCCAAAUACGAGGUCAGAUUAGAGAAGCAGGUGUUCAUCGAUGGUCCCAACACACCCACUCAUGAUUUGGUAAUUCAGCGUAACACAGUGUACGUUUACAUACAAGCAAGUGGUAAUCGCAGGGUGCUUACUAGGCCAGUGAAGAACUGCAGAAAUACUUGCAAUUCCUUGCUUGCCUUCAUGACUCCAGGGGAUGCCUUGAUGUUUCAUUCGGACAUCUGGCGUCCCUAUGUUGCCGUGAGCAGUGAAGAGCCCAGCAUCGGUUACCUGCUGUCAGUGAGCUUCUAGCAGGACAACACUUUACUGGAACAAGACCGCUCUACAGACAUCAAGGAAUAUAUCUGACCAAUAUGAAACUGCAUUUUUAGCUCACCUGAGCACAACGUGCUCAUGGUGAGCUUUUGUGAUCGCUUUUUGUCCGUCGUCCGUGGUCAACAUUUGGCCUUGUGAACACUCUAGAGGCCACAUUUCUUGUCCGAUCUUCAUGAAACUUGGUCAGAAUAUUUGUCCCAAUGAUACCUCGACUGAGUUUGAAAAUGGGUCAUGCUGGGCCAAAAACUAGGUCACUAGGUCAAAAAGAGAAAAACCUUGUGAACACUGUAGAAGUCACAUUUGAUGCCCAAUCUUCAUGUAACAUUGUCAAAAUGUUUGUCUUGAUGAUAUGUUGGUUGAGUUCAAAAAUGGUUCCGGUCCGUUGAAAAACAUGGCCACCAGUGGGCGGGGAAGUAUUCCUUAUAUGGCUAUAGAGAAACCUUGUUUACACUCUAGAAGUCACAAUUUUUGCCCAAUCAUCAUGAAACUUGGUCAAAACUUUGGUUUUAUUGAUAUCUCGGACGUGUUUGAAAAUGGUCCACAUCAGUGAAAAAACAUGGCCGCCAGGGGGGCGGGGCAGUUUUCUCUAUAUGUAUAUAGUGAAAACAUGUGAAAACUCUAGAAGUCACAUUUUUGGUCCAAUCUUCAUGAAAUUUGGUCAGAACUUUUGUUUCCUGGAUACAACGGUUGAGUUCGAAAAUGGUUCAGAUUGGUAAAAAAACAUGGCCGCCAGGGAGCGGGGCAGUUUUGCUUAUAUGGCUAUAGUUAAACCUUGUUAUCUAUAUCUUUGCAGAAAUUCAACAUAGUGGUAAAACCAAUCAAACAACAAGAAGUGUUCCAUAUGAAUCUUAUUUGACUUUUCAUUCACUUAUCUUAGGCUACUCUCUAUAACACUCAUUUAGACCUGUGCUUGUAUUAUUGCGAGGUGGUGAUUGUAUAACACUCCUGGAAAUUGACCCAAUUAACUGGGCACUUUCAUCAAAGACCUUUGUCUUGAUGUCAGAUGAAAACCAUUCAUAAGAUAGAUAAGUCAUUACAACUAAAAAUGUUUUACCCCUACAAUUUUCAGUUAGUCAGUAGUUUGUGUGUGAUUAUGAAAUAUUUGUGAUUUUAGCAGGUUUUAUUGUUGUUUCAAUUGGAAAUAUCAAAGCAAGGUGAGUCCUAAAAAUGUUCCAGUUGUUAAAAAACACUGUCAAAAAUGUGAACUAUUUGGUAGUAAAAAAACAACUUCUCACAUCUUUUAAGAAGCACAAACAACUGUUUGGUUAAAAAGAAAAAUCGAUUUGCAGUUGUUUUUGCAAAAAUAAUGUUUUGUAUAAUUAUAUUGUAAAUACAGAUUUUGUGUGCAUUUAAAUUACAAAUAGUUUGAUAGUUGUUUUGAUAUGAUACAUUUUCCAACGCCUUGUGUGUGUUUACUUCUAUAUUUGCACACAUGUAUAAGUAUUUAAGAAAGAUCAAGUGAUGUUUUGUACUAUAAAAGAAGAUCAAUAUUGAAUUUCUAGUAUCUGUACAUAUUCUCAUACUCAUUUACUUCUUUAUAACUGUUUUUGAUAUAUGAUGACAAUUCAACAUAUUGUAUUUAAUUAUGCAAAAACUAUUUUAUAAACACACAAUUUCUAAAACAAAUACAGUUGUUUUCGGUAUCUAAAAGUGUUCUUGCUAAACAGGUUGUAAACAGUCAUCCCCUAUAAGAUGCUGAGAUGCUUAUCUCAUGAUCUCAAAGCUGAACAACAAUUUGUGGAAAAAUGUACUUCCAUUUUCUUUCGCUGAUGCUCAUUAUUAAAUUACUGUCCUCAUAUUACUUUUAUCUAAAAUAUAGCUUUGUCGCAACAGGAAACAAAUGUCUAUUUUAAAAAACUUAAACACACACACACAAACAAAACUACUUAUAAGGCAUAUAUGUGUAUAUCUGCCGAAAUAGCAAACCUUUUUCUUUUCACAAAACAACGUUAACAACCCUUGCAUAACGUUAGUUCUACUCAGGUGAGCGAACCAGGGCCACCAUGGCCCUUUUGUUAUGAAGUUAAUCUGUUGUUACCUGCCAUUAUUGCAAUCUUUCUUUCUCUUCCAUUAUAUUGAGAAAAAGCACAGAAGCAUACCAAAUUUAGAGGAAAGAAUUUCUGUAUAGGAAGGAUAUCAAUUUUGUACAGCAACAGUACGGACAGUUAUUUAUUGAAACUUGACUUUGAAAAUAAAAACAGUCAUUUGUGCAUGUUCUAAAUAUGUAGGCAAUUAAUUAAAAGAAAGACCAUGUUACUUUUUCACUUCUAUGUUACUUAUACAGUGUCAGUAAUUUGUGGAAAUAUUGAAAAUAUUUAAUUGUCUGGAAUAAACACUUGACCAGUA